CUUGAGAGCAGCGUCGAAGCCCUGGAGAGUGAGCUCCCCGGUUAUUAGGCUGCCAAGCUUCUUGAGCCAGACUCUCAGUAUAAGCACGGACCGUAUAGGGGCUCUAGCUUCGCGCUCGCCCUGGGCCCCACCCAACUCAGCGAACUAGAAAAAGCUUUUGCGAUUGGAAAAUUUGGACUUUUCCUCUUUUCUUCUUCAUGUCUUUGGCAUUCGUCUUAGAGUCUCGGAACAAGGCCUCAGUUCUUGUUCAGGUCCACGCGGCCUCUCGCGCGCUCAACGAUCGCCUAGAGUAAAUAUGCACUCUCCACAUAAGUUACCUGCACCUUUUCAGGGCGUUCAGGUGGACGCAUUGGAUGUGUGAUACAUUUUAAUAUCUUGACCAUUUGUAUUAUUGCUUCGCCUUCUCCCUCUGCUCCAUCUUCAGCCUCAACAAGCUCGCCUUCGGGCAGCUAACCGUGGUUGCCUCGUCGCUGUUCUUUUUGUAGAAUGCCUGGCAACAUUCGUAGAGGGCAUCGACAUAUCUUGUACACUUGGCUUCGUCAAAUCCAUUCCGCGUCAAACAAUCUGUGAUGCCUGUGAGCUACAAUGGUUUACUGGGCCGUGAGCCUCAACUACACGUUACAUAGCCUGCUCACUUUGUAUGGCGCACUGGUUUUUAGUCAGCAUAUGUCCUCUUCUUUCAACCACUCCCAUGUGAUGGGAGAGUCAGACGUACCGCGCGUGGGUGGCAUGGAGGAUCAGUUUGGAGAUCUCUUUCUAGCGCCUGCAGUUUGGAACGUCAACAUCCGCCUUUCUAGAAUUUCGAGAGUAAGGCAGCCCGACCAUCUUAAAAGAUAUGGCGCCGUGUUCGCGGGGCUAUAAGGGUUUGGUAUUCAAAGAACGCUUCAGAUGUUCGGUGUAGGGUUGUCAGUUUGGCGAACAGCAUCAGCGUGGUUCCUAAUCCUUAAGUAGAGUGGAAACAAUGAUGUCAGGAUCCCUGUCAUAAAUCAAAGAGCCGCUAGCUGUCCGCUGUGAGACAGCGGACCAUGGCACUUUGGGAACCGUAUGUAGAGCCCCCAACUCGCUAAUCCCUUCUGGAUUAUUGUACUGCUGGAGAGUUUUUCUGCUUGAAUAAAAAGCUCCUACUAGGUAGGGUUGAUGUUAUGUCUUGCUUGGGCUUUCCUUCCCGCCCGUCAGUUAACCCCAAAACCUUAAUUCAACUUGAGCCCCACCAAGCCUCUGCCUAGCUGUAACAACCGCCCCGCGCAAACGAACCGCCACAUCCCACCUUUUGUCGCCAGCGUCAGUUCACAGUGCAGCUUUCCGAUUACUUCCUCUCCUCCACAGUACUCAUCUCCCCCUUCGUCCAAACCAUCGAUCACUGAAAGGUUCACAUCCCCUACGUGAAUCCCAAAUCGGCCGCGACACUCCGCUCAGCUCACCUUCUCACCGACGACAACCAACCCCUCUCAAGAAUUCGCAAUGGCCGACGCUGCGGAGAACGGUUCCCCUGGCCAGGGCCCCGAUGUCCCCCAGGGUGGCAGCGAGCACCUUAACAUCAAGGUGACCGACAACAACAACGAGGUCUUCUUUAAGAUUAAACGAAGCACCAAGCUGGAGAAGCUGAUGACUGCCUUCUGCGAACGCCAGGGUAAGACCAUCCAGUCGGUCAGGUUUCUCUUCGAAGGCCAGCGUGUCCAACCUUCCGACACCCCAGAUACGCUCGAAAUGCAGGAUGGGGACACUCUCGAGGUUCACCAGGAACAAGUCGGUGGUGGUGGUCUCUAGACAUCCAAGAAAGCCUUUCUUCCCCGAUCCUUUUGGGAUUAUGGGGCACUGCAAACUGGGAAAAUCGUCUGGACAUGUCUUGACCUCAUAUAAGUGGGCGGUAGAUUUCCAUGAUGAGUCAGCGGAGCGAAGGAGAGCAUUGGCAUUCAUGGCUUAACAGUGGUCACAGUCGUUGGUGCACAGGCACAGUACCAAUGAGGUGGGAACAAGUCAACAUCGGAUGGGAUGGAUGGUGUUAUCUUGGGCGGCCCGGUCUUGAUGAAGGCAGAUGAUUGUCAUCUCUGGCUAUUGCGAUGUUCUUUUUGCCAAUGGAAGGAUUCUGAUUCUGGCGCAUUUCGGGGCGUAGUACUAUGACACAAUUUACGGAAAGACAACUUUG